CAGAAGCUUAUAGACACUCCUAAACUUUUCCCAGAAAACCAUUUGCUCUCUCUCUCUAUAUCUAUCCCAAACCCUAGAAGAAGAAGAAGAAGAAGAAACCGAGCAAAACGCGUCCAGCAGUGUCGUUUUGAUUGUGGAAGUCCGAUUUCAAAAGGAAAUUAUCCGAGUCCGGUGGGAUUCAUCGCGAACGACUCAUAGAGAUUGUGAAGAAGCAACGGUUGCAGAUCAGUUUGUUAGAUUGAGAAUCUGUUUAUAGACCAGCGAAGAAUAAUGGGUGCUUAUGAUCAAGGUUCUAAUGGGUUUUCCCAGCCCUUGGGUAGUUCUAAGAAAAGGGGACGACGAAGUAAAAAGGAUGGAGCCAGUGUUGUGGAGACUCUGUCAAGGUGGAAAGAAUAUAACAAUCUUUUAGAGUCUGGGAUUUACGAUGACAAGGCGCGUAAGAUUCAGGCCAAGGGGUCGAAGAAGGGUUGUAUGAAAGGUAAAGGAGGGCCGGAGAAUCAGCGGUGUAAUUACAGAGGAGUUAGGCAGAGGACGUGGGGAAAGUGGGUUGCAGAAAUCCGAGAGCCGAACAGAGGAAGUAGGCUUUGGUUAGGUACUUUUCCCACGGCUGUUGAUGCUGCACUUGCUUAUGAUGAAGCUGCAAAAGCCAUGUAUGGUGCCACUGCUCGCCUUAACCACCCUAAUGUAAACAGUCACAACAGUUAUACAUCUUCUUGGAAUGACUCGUCACAUGAAACUUCGUCAGUCACAACUCCAUCAGGGUGUUCUACUGUGGCAACACAAGGAUGCUGUGAAUCUACUAUGAUAUCAAAUCAGUCUGAUCACUCCGAGGUCUGUGCAGAGGAGGAAUCUUUUAUAGUGAAAACUGAGGAUGGUGAGGAUGAAUCGACUAGUCAUAAUGCAUUUACUCAACCCAGGACGUCUAAUGCUACGGCAGAUGUAGAAGUGAAAAGUGAGGUUCCUAUGGACUACUUCCACACAGAUCAACCUGGAGUCCAAGAGCAGGCACAUGACUGGAUUAGCACAGAUGGCUUUGAUAUGGAUUACUUGAAGCAGUUUUCAAUUGAUGAGCUUUUUGAUGUGGACGAGCUUGUCGGCCCUAUGGAUGGUAAACCCAUCCCUGCUCCGAGAUUGCAGCAAGAUUUAAGCUCCGAUGUUGGUCGUCCUCAGUUCACGGAUAUGGUCCCUGUUGAUAAUAAUGCCACACUAUCGGAUUCAUCAUACCAGUUACAGUAUCCAGAUGACAAGCCUCCUGGUGGUAAUGUGCAGCAUAUGGACGUGGAGCCAUCAGUUGCCGACUAUGGUUUUGAUUUGUUAAAUCGUCAGAUGCAAGAGAAUAAUGUUGGAGUAGAUAAUCACGGAUACUUCAACGUAGAUGAUUUCGAUUUCAAUUUCACUGGAGGCUGCGGCGGCAAUGCAAACUGAUGAGGAAUGUCAAGGCUAGAGUUUGUGCAGCCAGCUCUGUAUUGGCUUGGUUACAUGUCUUGUGAAUAUGGUUCUGAAGUUGAUGAAGGAUUCCAUUAGAGUUGUGGUUACCCUCUCUGUAGAGUGUGAACUGUUUUCCUCUUGGGGGUUGCUACAAGAGAAUGUAGCAGUGACAAUUUUUAUCUUUCUCCUCCAUGAACAAGUUGCCCUGACUAUGAUUUUCAAAGUAGUCCAUAAACUGAUUCUUUGUUGUAAAUGGCUUGAUAAAAAAAAAAUGAAAAAUAUAUAGAGCGGUUCUAGACUUCUAGUUA